UCAGACGCUCACUUCUGUUCUUUCUACCUCUAGGGGACCAUGACCAGCUCAGAAUCCUUGCUAUUCACAUCUCUAGGCCCCAGUCAAAGUUCUGGAGAUGGUGAUUGCAAGUUUAAUGAGGAGUUCAAGUUCAUCUUGUUGCCUGUGAGCUACGCGGUUGUCUUUGUGCUGGGCCUAGCCUUCAAUGCUCCGACCCUCUGGCUGUUCCUUUUCCGCCUUCGACCAUGGGAUGCAACGGCCACUUACAUGUUCCAUUUGGCAUUGUCAGACACCUUGUAUGUGCUGUCAUUGCCCACCCUCGUCUACUACUAUGCUGCCAGAAACCACUGGCCCUUUGGCACUGGCUUCUGCAAGUUUGUCCGCUUUCUCUUCUACUGGAACCUCUACUGCAGUGUCAUUUUCCUCACCUGUAUCAGUGUACACCGCUACCUCGGCAUCUGCCACCCACUGCGGGCUCUACGCUGGGGCCGCCCUCAAUUUGCAAGCCUUCUCUGUCUAGCUGUUUGGUUGGUGGUAGCUGGCUGCCUCGUGCCCAACUUGUUCUUUGUGACAACUAGCCCCAAUGGACUCACCAUUCUGUGUCAUGACACCACUCGGCCUGAGGAAUUUGACCACUACGUGCACUUCAGUUCAGCAGUUAUGGUGCUGCUCUUUGGCUUGCCCUUCUUGGUCAUCCUGGUCUGCUAUGGACUCAUGGCCCGGCGACUAUAUCGACCGUUGCCAGGAGCUGGGCAGUCAUCAUCUCGGCUCCGUUCCCUCCGCACCAUUGCUGUCGUGCUGACUGUCUUCGCUGUCUGUUUCGUGCCUUUCCAUAUCACCCGCACGAUUUAUUACCUGGCAAGGCUGUUGAAAGCUGACUGUCGGGUGCUUAACAUUGUCAAUGUGGUGUACAAAGUGACCCGGCCCCUGGCCAGUGCUAAUAGCUGUCUGGAUCCUGUGCUUUAUCUGUUCACUGGGGACAAGUAUCGAAGCCAGCUCCAGCGGCUAUGCAGAGGUAGCGGGCCCCAACGGCGAACAACUGCCUCCUCCCUGGCCUUGGUGACCCUACAUGAGGAAAGCAGCAUCAGGUGGGCAGACACCCACCAGGACAUCAUCUUCCCUACCUGUGGGGAGACAGAUUAUAACCCUAGGCACUGGGUAUGAAAGGAAGGGGCUAACUGCAGGACAGAGGGAAGGGAGCCAGUUAGUGACACCUGAUAAGGGCAUCAGCUGCCUCUUUUUAGUCAACGUUUGGAGCAGUUACUCCUCUGGCCCUACUUCUUUCUCUUUUUCUGUCCCUUCCUGGACCACUGAUCCUGUCUCUAGAGCCAGUAAGACUUCGUCAGUGCUCUUCACCCUCUCUGCUUCCCCAAGUCCUUUCACAGAAUGCAUUUCUCCAACCAGAGUAGACAAUUCGACUAGAGGGGUGAAGGGUGGAGCAAUCUCAAAACUGGCCUGAUGUAUAUAAUGGAGCAAGGCAGAAGGUGCUAGCAUAUCACAGUUGCCAUAUGUGCCAUAUCUAUAGCAUCCACACCCACUUCCUGGCUCCCUCUCAAAGAUAAGCUAGUCUGACCUUCCAAGGGACUGAAAUAGGGUCCAAGGCCACUGAACCUGCUUGCCAGGGCCCCACAAGCAGCUAGAAGCCUGGUGAUGUUGAAUUGCUGGGCAGCCAUGAGGUUGAAUACUGCUCUUGAGUGAUGACCAUGAGGAGCCUCAGGAGCAGGGUCUAGGUUGAUAGCAACCUUGGAAAACAAGAGUGAGACUAGACCCACCUCUGUGACCGCGGAGAACAUACUUGAUAGCUCCCUUAUGUUUUUGGUUUA